AUGGGACAGAGACAUCCCCAGUGCUACCUGGCAAGGAUGAACAAACAGAUCCAGCCCGACCGCAAAGUGUCGGUGGUGGCCCCCUUGCCGGAGCGCCCGGGGCCGCCGCCCCCGAGGAAGGACGUGGAGCUGAUCCUGGUGAAGGAGCACAACGGGGUGCAGUACACCGCCAGCAGCCUCCUACCCGCCGCCCCCGCCCCGCGCUACGGCGCCCAGGACAGGGAGACCUGGGGCAAGAAGAUCGACUUCCUCCUCUCCGUCAUCGGCUUCGCCGUGGACCUGGCCAACGUCUGGCGGUUUCCCUACCUCUGCUACAAAAAUGGAGGGGGUGCUUUUCUUAUUCCCUAUAUCCUCUUCUUAAUCAUUGCUGGAAUGCCCCUGUUCUAUAUGGAAUUAGCACUGGGACAGUAUAACCGAGAAGGGGCUGCCACUGUGUGGAAAAUCUGCCCAGUUUUCAAAGGUGUAGGCUAUGCAGUGAUACUCAUAGCUCUUUACGUGGGUUUCUACUACAACGUUAUCAUAGCUUGGUCUCUGUAUUAUCUAUUUUCAUCAUUCACAUUUGAGCUCCCCUGGACAAACUGCGACAACAGUUGGAACAGCCCAAACUGUACAGAUCCCAAACUCUUCAAUGCAUCGGUGCUUGGCAAUGGUACCAAAUACUCAAAGUACAAGCUCACUCCUGCAGCUGAAUUUUAUGAGCGAGGAGUUCUGCACCUGCAUGAAAGCCGUGGAAUCCAUGACCUUGGCUUGCCUCGCUGGCAACUUUCCCUCUGCCUCUUGGUGGUGGUAAUCAUUCUUUUCUUUAGUCUGUGGAAAGGCGUGAAGACUUCAGGAAAGGUUGUUUGGAUAACAGCCACUUUGCCUUAUGUUGUAUUAUUUGUCUUGUUAAUACACGGAAUAACCCUGCCUGGUGCAUACAAUGGAAUAAAUGCAUACCUGCACAUAGAUUUCAGAAGAUUAAAAGAAGCCACAGUAUGGAUUGAUGCAGCUACUCAGAUAUUUUACUCCUUAGGAGCUGGGUUUGGCGUUUUAAUUGCAUUUGCCAGUUACAAUAAGUUUGAUAACAACUGUUACAGGGAUGCUUUGCUGACUAGUACCAUUAACUGUGUCACAAGCUUCAUCUCAGGAUUUGCAAUUUUCUCCAUAUUGGGCUACAUGGCUCAUGAGCACAAAGUUAAAAUUGAGGAUGUAGCCACUGAAGGAGCUGGUUUAGUUUUCAUUCUGUAUCCAGAGGCAAUUUCAACUCUUUCAGGAUCUACAUUUUGGGCUGUGGUAUUCUUCAUCAUGCUCCUUACUCUUGGCAUCGACAGUUCUAUGGGUGGAAUGGAGGCUGUCAUCACUGGCUUGGCAGAUGAUUUCCAAAUCCUGAAGCAGCACAGAAAGCUCUUCACCUUUGGUGUUUCUUUUGGCACUUUCCUACUUGCUCUUUUUUGCAUCACCAAUGGUGGAAUUUAUGUGCUCACACUUCUGGACACAUUUGCAGCUGGGACUUCGAUAUUGUUUGCUGUUCUAAUGGAGGCAAUUGGCGUCUCCUGGUUUUACGGUGUGGACAGAUUCAGCGAAGAUAUCCAACAAAUGAUGGGCUUCAAGCCAGGGCUGUACUGGAGAUUGUGCUGGAAAUUUGUUAGCCCUGCUUUUUUACUGUUUGUCGUGAUAGUCAGCAUAAUAAAUUUCAAACCUCUGACCUACGAUGACUACACCUUCCCUCUCUGGGCAAAUCGCAUUGGCUGGGGAAUAGCAUUAUCUUCAAUGAUACUUGUGCCUGCCUAUAUUAUCUAUAAAUUUAUGAAUGUGCGUGGGACCUUUAAAGAAAGACUAGCCUACUGCAUCACACCUGAGAAUGAGCACCAACUCGUGGCCCAAGGAAAUGUCAGGCAAUUUAAGCUUCAACACUGGCUAACUAUAUGACAACCAACAGGUUGAGGGAAAAGCCAAUAUGUUAAGCUAAACUGGGAAUACAGAAAAGUCAAGUUCAAAGCUCCCUCAAUUAUGCUUGGACCAGGCUGGCUCAGAGCUUACCUACUGACUCUUUGAGGGAAGACAUCUGCUCUCUGUUCUCAAUGCCUCCCUUCUAUUACUUGGCUUCAAACGAUCUUUAAAGACUCCGUUUAAUUUUUCUUAUAUCCUUUGGUGC